UGGGCACCCUCAUCCAGCCCCCGCCCCCGGGGCGUGACUAUAGAGGCGCCCCAGCCUUAAGAGAAGGAAGUUUAGUCAUUCGAACCAGAGUGACCCGGGAAGCGGAAUCUGUCCCUUGGUUCAGAGAUUGAGCCUUUUCCCACCACCCCCAUUCCCCCAACCCAAGCCCCCCAAUCCAUCCUUGUGGACUUAAAACUUUGAGCAGCUACAGUCAAUGACUGAAACCAAGUUAUGGCCCAGCGGUGCCCCCGCCUCCCUGGUGGCUGUCAAGGACCUGGAGAACCCAGAAGUCAUCGGCCGAGGCGGCUUUGGCACAGUCUACAGGGCGCAACACAAGACGUGGGGGUUCGACGUGGCGGUCAAGAUCGUGAAUUCCGAGGAGAUCUCCAGGGAAGUAAAGGCCAUGGCAAAUCUGCAUAACGACUUCGUGCUGCUCCUGCUGGGGGUGACAGAGAAGCUGGAGUGGGCCACGUCGGGGCCUGCGCUGGUGACGCGAUUCAUGGAGAACGGAUCCUUGGCCGGGCUGCUGCAGCCCCAGUGCCCCCGGCCCUGGCCGCUGCUCUGCCGCCUGCUGCAGGAGCUGGUGCUGGGGAUGUGCUACCUGCACAGCCAGGACCCGGUGCUGCUGCACAGGGACCUCAAGCCCUCCAACGUCCUGCUGGACUCUGAGCUGCAUGUCAAGGUUGCAGACUUUGGCUUGUCCACAUUUCAGGGAAGCUCACAGCCAGGGAAAGGAUUUGGGAGUGGAGGGGGGACUCUAGCCUACAUGGCCCCAGAACGUUUGGCUGGUUUAAAACUGAGUGAACCCAAGGCCAGUGAUGUCUACAGCUUUGGGAUCCUAAUGUGGGCAAUACUGGCUGGAAGAGAAGUUGAGGUACUGCCCGAGACAACUUUAGUGCGGCAUGGAGUGUGUGAAAAGGAGAACCGGCCCCCGCUGAACCUACUGCCACAGCCCAGUCCAGAGACUCCUGGCUUGAAAGCACUGAUGGGGUUAAUGCAAGACUGCUGGAGUCAAAACCCCAAAGAAAGGCCUUCCUUCCAAGAAUGCCGCUCCAAAACCAAAGAAGCCCUGGACUUGGUCUUACAGGACAUGGAUGUUGCUGUCUCCAAAGUGAAAAAGUACCUGUCUGAGCACAGGGGCAGCAGCCAGAGACUAUCCUCCCCUGAAUCAGGCCCAGGAGAGGCAGAAAUAGAUGAUUCUGGAAGAACCACACAGAGCAGUGAUGCCACAUUCUCUGCAAUGCUGAACAAACUGAGCUUGUCAGGACCCCCAAGGCCUGCUCCUGAAAAAUGUGAAAAACUUCCCGAGGGGGUGAGGUCACUGGCAAGGCAGGCUCAGCACAACCAGAUGCCAGGGAUACCUUUUAAUUCAACAGUCCAGCCUCCCCCAACUCCAGAAGCCCCACCUUUCAGAAACCAAAUGCCCCACAUUUUCCAAACUUCAGUGCCAAGCCCUGGACCCCCCAGGAAUCAGGGAACUGGGAGACAAAGGACUGGCUGGCCUCCUGGUAAUUCUGGGACAAACUCGCUACCAGAGACUUUCAUCAUACAAGGCAGCUCCGGGGUGCAGAUCGGAAACUACAACCACUUACUUAUACAUAGAGGGCCUGCCAGCUCCAUGCAGAGUCCAGCACCUUGCUUCACUGGUUGGGGCUUGCGGAGACCCCCAACUCAGUAGGUUGGAAUGAAGGGUCCAGAAGAACUGGAAGCCUAGAGAGUCCUGCAGUGCCAGUCUAACAGUCGCAGGAAUACAGACACCUAGCCAGGAUUGCCUUUGCAAGCUGCCAGGCCUGCACCUGAAAUUUGUAUCUCCAGGAGUCAAUAAACGUGAUGCAAUUGUU